GUGACCCAUGACGUGCCAUACACAAGGUUUUCAGUAUCAAAAGAAGAGGACAUAAAUUCUCGACCACUUAGAUACACCGUGCUGUGAUUUUAAGCAGAGGUUAAAAGCUUCAAACAAUAUCAGUAAAGAUGUCAAUCUAUCCAUCACUUGAAGAUAUGAAGGUGGACCAAAUGUCCCAGGCUCAAAGACGGUAUGAGCAUGCUGCCCAGCCCACCGUACAGUGGCCUGCCCAUGGGGGGACACCUACACAGUCCAUUCCCUAUCCACCCCAAGAGGCUGCCCCAGGAGGUGCCCUAUACCCUUCACUCACAGAAUACAUGGGUAUGCAGAUCACACCAGACAUGAUGGCUGUUGUGCCACAGCAAAAUCAGGUUGCUGUACCGUCAGGUCAAAGUCAAAGCCAGAUGAUGGUUGCCCCAGUGACGGGUGCCAACAAGGGACUAAUGCGAGCAGAAAUUAAACAGGGUCUGCGGGAAGUACAGCUUUGUAAGGAUGCAAAUGGAAAAAUGGGACUUCGAGUUCGACAUGUAAAUAAUGGAUUAUUUGUAGCCCUGGUUGACAAGAACUCACCUGCUGCCUUAGCAGGACUUCGUUUUGGAGAUCAGAUUUUGCAGAUCAAUGGCCAGACAGUGGCAGGUUGGAAUAAUGACAAAGCCCACAAAUUCCUCAAGAAUGCAGAUCCUCAGAGAAUAACAAUGGCAGUCCGUGACCGCCCUUUUGAAAGAACGAUUACCAUGCAAAAAGACAGUCAGGGAUUUAUUGGGUUCCUGUUCAAAAAAGGACGCAUCACGAAUCUAGUGAAAGAUUCCUCUGCAGCCAGAAAUGGUGUGUUAACAGACCACAACUUAAUAGAGGUCAACGGACAAAAUGUUGUUGGUCUAAAGGAUGAUGACAUCGGUGAUAUCAUCAGUGCUGGAGGAAGAACCAUUACCAUCACUGUCAUGCCCUCAUUUGUCUAUGAUCACAUUGUCAAAUGCAUGGGAAACAGCCUGGUGAAGAAGAAUAUGGAUCACUCCAUUCCAGACCUUUGAAAAAAUCAAGUUGCACCCAUAAAUCCUCCCAACUGGUUAUAUGACUGAAUGGAGAUCUGAGAGAUUCCUAAGGAAAACUAAAGUUUAUUUGUUUCCAGUUGAAAAAAAUUUUUUUUUUCCUUUUUUUUUGGAUGAGUCAUUUCUAUAUAAACUGCGGUACAUUUUCUGUUUUGAGUAUACAUAUUUAACUGGAUGAUCUAAUAAAAUUGUCAAGCAGUCAGCGUAUGUGUAGGUGAUGUAUUGACGAUGCAGAGAAAACUACUGAUCAUAUCUUUAUUGAAUAGCCAACGUGUUUACUCAAAUAUGUUAUUUACCUUUACAUUGCUACCUUUAAUAAUGCUGGUUUUGAUUGAAAUAUCUAAUAAUGUAUUGUAUCCACACUACAUAGCUUGUUUUCUUGUUAAUGAUCUACAUUUUAUUACCAUAAAUGGGUUGCCAUAAUGUAGGUUCCAAAACAUUUUUGUUUAUACCUAUACUAUGUUUUGGUUUAUUACACAUAGUCUCAGACAGCGUCUCUAAGUUGUAAAUAUUUAAUUUUGGCAGAUGGACAUGUAUAUGCUUUGUAGGAAAUCAUGAUGUUAUACAUUUGUUUGUGCUGAAAUUGUAUAUACUUGUUCUUUGCUUACCAUUAUGACCUGGAGCAGCAAUUUUGUUCUUGCUACAUGUAGUCCUGCAAAUAUGAGGUUUUCUUUCCAACAGUUUUCCUGAUAAAGGGCUUUUACCAAGCAGUUAUGUGAUAAAAUGUAAGAUUACAGUUUAGUUCAUACAAAUUCCAUUUUGUAUCCAUAAUCACUACAGUCUUUAGAGAAGCACACAUUUAAUCACAUAAACUCAGUAGAACACCAAUCAUGAAUGCUGCAUAUUGUUAUAUAGAGUUAGGUUGUUGAGCCUGGUGAGAGAUUACCUUAUUGAGCAUGUGUCUCUUUGUAAUAAAUGUGUAAAUGUGUUGUGUGUGCCUGUUAAGCCACCUCCUGUGAGCACAUGUGAUCUACACCAGGUUCCUCAUCCAGCAUAUGCCAGGUUAGCCCUAGGUAAAUAUUUAUCUGACUACAUGAAUUAUUAGUUAGUUGAUGAAAAGCCAAGUGGCAUGAUUGUCAUGCUGAGUAUUUGUGUGACAAAUAGAUGUAUGCAUAUGUGUACUAAUAAUUUGCUUGUUGAACAUAUGCUAAGUUAGUCAGUGUUUGCCUUUUGUACUAAAACAUUUAAUAGUACAGGAAUAAUUUUUUUUUUUGAUGUAUGGUGAUACAUAUACAUUUUACAUCAUUAGCGUUGUGAGCAUAUGUGUGGUAAUAGUCAAGAAGUGAGUUGGCUUAGUUGGAGACAUACAUAAGGAUCAUAAAGCAAGUCUGUGAGUCUAGUGCAUAAUUUUCUGUCAUCUUACAGUUUGUAACAUCUAGGUGUGAUUUUCGAGCAUAAAAUAGAUGUGUGAUUAUAAACUGUAGUCUUGCACUGUGACAUGGAUUUUUUUACUUGUUCUGAAUAAGAUGUAUGCAAAUUUUACCAUAAUUACUAACACUGGUGUUACAGCUUUGAUGUCAUGACGAUAACAUUUAGCUAAUCACCUGUGGAAAGCAUUUUAUUUUUUUCUGAAAAUCGCUACAUUGUCACUUCAAAGCAUGAUCUUACGAUGAAAUUCAUUUACAAAGCAGUGUUCAAGGAAUAUGUUUUGCAGAUCUUGUUAAACUUUGAUGCUGGUUGUGUUGUAAGAUCAGCACCCUAGUAGAACUUCAAAGUUUUUGUUCCUUGUUAACAGGUUGAGCAUGUAUGUUAUGCCAUGCAUAAAAGCUAUUGCCAGCAUUUCUGUGCCUUAAAGUCUUUGUUGCAUCGUUAGUCAGAGUGUAUACAGAUGAAGAUUUUCAGGAAUUAUCUAAAAUUCAGGAUGUUUUGUUGGUAAUUAAAGUUUAACUUCCUGGAAAAUUACAGAAUAUUUGCUGAAUCUGCAUGUGAUUUGGCAGUUUCUAGAUUUUUAAGUUCUCAACUUUCUCAGUAGGUAUAUAGGUAAGUGUUUGAAUCUUUUAUUUUGUAAAUUUUAUUUAUGACCUUGUAAGGUUAUGCUUGUAGUUAUAGGUAGUUUUAAUUUUUUUCUGUAAAGGUAUUAACUUUUUCUCUGUAUGAACCUGUAAAUACUUAAUUAGAACCAUGCAAAAAAUGUCUGCAGUUAAAGAUAAGCGCAUUAUUAUGCAAACAAAAACUUGAAGACUUAUAACGCACUGUUGGACAUACUGUUAAUGAUGUUACAAACAUCUAAGCUACUUAUGAAUAUCCCACUAGCCAAGACAGGCCACUUUUGAUCAUGUAAUUUUUUAUGUGUCCUGAAUGUAUUGACCUCUUCUGCACAUCAUGAAAGUUUGGACAGCAGAUCCACUUAUUUAUUUCAUAUAAAGGAUAUCUCUAGAGAAAGAGGAGUAUGUUGUAAUAAAACAAAAUCAUUGUAUUAAAUGA